GCCUCUCUAUGGAUCAGCUUCGUGAGAACUAUGAUGCGGUCCUUGCCAGCCCUUUGAAGCGUAUGGAAAGCAACGUUGUUCUUCGACAGCAGCGAACGGUGACAGAUUCUACUGCUACGCCAUUGCCGAGAGUGGGAUGGCUUCUACUGGUGCUUUCGGGAAUUAUGGAUGUCAGACCUGGCAGACUCUGGCAAGUGCUUUCGCACUGGCACGUGGUCGAUUCCUCUUUGCUGGCGGUGGCACUUUGCUACCUGGGUGCCUACUCCAAUCUUCAUCAUUUCCCUGCCAUCACAACGGCAUGUUACCUUUUGGGUGCCAUGACUGCCAUUUUGGGUGUGCGGCAUGCUGGGAUCACUGCCAUGAUCGGUCCUUACGAGCGGCGCCUGGAUGAAUAUGCUGUCUGCCUGGCCUCGGGUUUUGAAAUGUUCACUGGAACUCCACAGCCCGCUCGGGCUUCGAUGAUGCUCCGCCAGGCGGAUUAUGGCUUCACGGAGGAUUGGCGGCAAUUGUCCAGGUACCGGCUCGCAGAGGUGUUGGUGUUUUGGUGUCUGAUGAUGGCCUGCCGCAUCCUCGCCGCCCUCUUGUCCUCCGAGGAGAUUUUCGGCGCCGUUCCACUGUCAUCUUUCGGCAUGGGCAUGGUGGAAUUGGUGGCCCACCUAUU